GAAAGUUCAAGCUCAGGAAGUGCGAACCUCCACUUUGUUUUCCGUUUGACCAGAGCCAUCGGCCACCUGAUAUUCCUCCUCCUGUCUCUUGACUUUUUGCCUUAGCAUCUGUAGCCAUCGUCUGCUACCGUCCUCUCGCUCGUCCCUCAAGCUCCCCCAAGACACUCAUCCCGUAGCCCCUCCACCUCCACGUGUGCAAGAUGGCUCCCGCAGCUGCUGAGAGCGCCUCACCGAUUGGCAUUGCCAAUCUGCCCAACCAGCGACACAAGAUUGUCGCGAAGCGUGGAGCUAGCUUCACCAUCAUGGUUGCUGGCGAGUCUGGUCUGGGCAAGACGACCUUCAUCAACACCCUCUUCUCCACGACCAUCAAGAACUACGCCGACCACAAGCGCCGACACCAGAAGCAGGUCGACAAGACGGUGGAGAUUGAAAUCACCAAGGCCGAGCUCGAGGAGAAGUUCUUCAAGGUUCGAUUGACUGUCAUUGACACCCCUGGAUUCGGUGACUAUGUCAACAACCGCGACUCUUGGCAACCCAUCAUCGAGUUCCUCGACGACCAGCACGAGUCUUACAUGCUCCAGGAGCAGCAGCCGCGCCGUCAGGACAAGAUUGAUCUCCGUGUCCACGCCUGCCUGUACUUCAUCCGCCCUACCGGCCACACCCUGAAGCCCUUGGAUAUCGAGGUCAUGAAGCGCCUCUGCUCACGAGUCAACCUGAUCCCCGUCAUUGCCAAGGCUGAUACUCUCAGCCCCGCCGAUCUGGCCAAGUUCAAGCAGAGAAUUGUCAGUGUCAUCGAGGCCCAGAACAUCAAGAUCUACCAGCCCCCUAUCGAGGAGGAUGAUGAGGCUGCCGCUCAGCACGCGCGUAGCCUUAUGGCUGCUAUGCCGUUUGCCGUCAUCGGAUCCGAGAAGGAUGUCAAGACCAGCGAUGGUCGCAUCGUCAAGGGCCGCCAGUACUCUUGGGGCGUUGCCGAGGUCGAGAACGAGGACCACUGUGACUUCAAGAAGCUGCGAUCCAUCCUGAUCCGCACUCACAUGCUCGACCUCAUCCACACCACUGAGGAGCUGCACUACGAGGCCUACCGAGCACAGCAGAUGGAGACUCGCAAGUUCGGCGAGGCCCGACCCCGGAAGCUGGACAACCCCAAGUUCAAGGAGGAGGAGGAGGCUCUGCGGAAGCGUUUCACUGAGCAGGUCAAGGUCGAGGAGCAGCGCUUCCGACAAUGGGAACAGAAGCUCAUUGCUGAGCGUGAUCGUCUCAAUAAGGAUCUCGAGCAGACCCAUGCCCAGAUCAAGCAGCUGGAGAACGAGCUUGAGGCCAUGCAGGGUGGUGCUGUCCGAAGCCACGGCCGCCGAUAAAUUAUUCAUAAUGGUGGCUUGGUUCUGUCACGCAAUGCUGGCGUUGGAGUGUCAUGAUGUCGGGUUUUCUCACUCCACCUCGCCCCGGAUAUAGGUCUGGGCUUGAAGAGGUCGAACAUGGAAUUGCCGCCGCGUACGGCACUUUGUUUCAUGCAUAUUCUAAUCAGCUAUUGCUACGGGAGGAGAAGAUCUUUUUUGAUGAGU